AAGGCUGUGUGCGGUUGAAGAAAAAAUCUUUUGUGUGUUUCGCGUCGGCCAUUAAAGCACAAGCAGCACUUCAUCGCGGAGCAGCACACGGUUCGUCGGUCGGGUUCGGGAGUUUCGACAGGCUCCCCCGUGUGUGACAGUCAAACACACACACGCACACACAUACAGUUGGAGGAAAAGAACUAUUUUUUAGUAGAUUUUGUUGGGUUUUUGUGUGCGGUUUUCGACAAUGAAGUGAAAUUACUCGCGUUCUUACUGAAAACGGGAAACGGUGUAUACGGAACAGACGACAAAAAAUCUGUCUAGGCUUACUUAGUGAGAAGAGUGUGUGUGUGUUUGCAUUAGUGUGUGCGGUCGUCGAUAAGGGUGAAGUUCAACGCUGUAUACGUAAAAUUUUAGCAUUUUUAAGAGACCAGGUUCUUGCGCGAAGCACCACUUUCCGUGCCCAUUGACGGCGGAAGACCGUAUUCAUCGGGAUUUUUUAUACGAGAGGAGCGAAGGGGGAACCGUUCCCGGAGCGUUUCUUCGGGAGACCGUUCCGAGUGUGUGUGUGUGUUUUUCAAAAUUCUGUAAAAGUAUCGGCGACCUUUCCGGAUCUUCGGAUUCUCACAUCUUAAGAGGAAGAACGUCGCUGGCAAAGCGGUGUCUAUGAACUACGCACACCAAAUGGAGGAUCCGAACCGGAUGAUGGGCCACGGCGGCCUGAUGCCGCCCAACUACGGCAUGCCGGCGGCCGCCAGUGACGGCCAAGCCGUGGACAACGACCCCCGCAAGCAGGACAUCGGCGAGAUCCUCCAACAGAUCAUGAACAUCACGGACCAAUCGCUGGACGAGGCCCAGGCCCGAAAGCACACGCUCAACUGUCACAGGAUGAAGCCGGUGCUGUUUGCGGUGCUGUGCGAGAUCAAAGAGAAAACAGUCCUGUCGCUCCGCAACACCCAGGAGGAGGAGCCCCCAGAUCCGCAGCUGAUGCGCCUGGACAACAUGCUGAUCGCGGAGGGCGUGGCCGGACCGGAGAAGGGCGGUGGUGCAGGUUCGUCAUCCGACUUCCUGUCCCAGUCCGACCUGACCGGGGGCCAGGACAACGCGAUCGAACACUCCGACUACCGGGCCAAGCUGGCACAGAUCCGCCAAAUCUACCACCAGGAGCUGGAGAAGUACGAGCAGGCCUGCAGCGAGUUCACCACGCACGUCAUGAAUCUGCUGCGCGAGCAGAGCCGCACCAGACCCAUCACACCGAAGGAGAUCGAGCGAAUGGUACAAAUUAUUCACCGGAAAUUCAGCUCCAUCCAGAUGCAGCUCAAGCAGUCCACUUGCGAAGCUGUUAUGAUCUUGAGAUCCCGCUUCCUGGACGCCCGGCGAAAGCGACGCAACUUCAGCAAGCAGGCCUCAGAAAUCCUGAACGAGUACUUCUACAGCCACCUAAGCAACCCGUACCCGUCCGAGGAGGCCAAGGAGGAGCUGGCCAGAAAGUGUGGCAUAACCGUCUCCCAAGUGUCCAACUGGUUCGGCAACAAGCGCAUCCGCUACAAGAAGAACAUCGGCAAGGCCCAGGAAGAGGCGAACCUGUACGCGGCCAAGAAGGCGGCCGGCGCCUCACCGUACUCGAUGGGCGGCCCGCCGAGUGGUGCGGCCACGCCGAUGAUGUCGCCGGCGCCCGCCCAGGACUCGAUGGGCUACUCGCUCGGUUCGGGCGGGUACGACCAGCAGCAGGCGUACGACGGCAGCAUGGGCUACGACCCGAUGGGUGGCCACCAGGAUCUCAGUCCUUGAGAGUCCGCAGAGUACUAGAGAGCGAGAGCGAGAGCGCGCGCGCAAGUUAGCAAUGUGUGGAAGCUGAGCCGAGAGAGCGAGCGAGCGAGCGAGUGAGCCGACAACAACUAGAAACCUAUACGAGACCCUUCCCUCUCCACCCUUUUAGAAUGCCAGAAAAUGAGAGAAAACAAACAGGCAAAACUUACACGCCAGAUGAUGUAGGAAACGGGAAAUCUGUUUGCAGUGAAGUAAUUUUACUUUUGUUGGCGCGUUUGUUUCGGUUCAACACACACACACUUAAUUUCUCGUUAUGGGUACACAAAACGGUUUAGUUUUUAGAGAAAAAAAACACGGAUGAUUAUUUAAUAAAAUAAUUUAAAUUUUAGCGAAAGCACUAUUUACAAGCGAGUGAGUGAAAGAAGUAGAUGUAGCAUUUGCCACUGAGAUCAAGUAGAAAUCGCACAACACACUUUUCGUAAGGAGUAGACAUCCCUUCUCUCACGCGCGCCUCAACUUCGUACGUGUUAGUGAAAUUUUUAAAUCGUAAAUCAACGCUGCAAUAAGUACACUUUCUAUACUUUAGUUAUUUAUGUUACGAGUGCGCGCACAUCAUUAUAAACAUCCGUAGAACGCUUCCAGAGAUGGGGCGAUCUCGAUCGAUUUGUUUAUUUGGAUUUUUCGGUGGAAACAAAUCACUGUCCGCUUUCCGAAGGGCGCGAGCGCGCGAAUCAAUCUCGAUGAAAUUGUUUGUUCCUUUGCUCCCAGACUGAAACAGAAACACUGUGUUGCGCGCUUUUGAUUUGUGUAACAAUUUUAAACUUGCAAAUAAGCUAAGGUUGUUAAUCGAUACCAUUGUCGUAGUUUUCUUGAAUUUUGACUAAAUUUUUCUUCCUUUGACAUUUUCACUGCAUUUUUUUUUUAAUUGGAGCUGAUUUGUUUUAAUUCGAAAUAUUUAUUUAGUAGUUAUCGUUGCAAAAUUGACAUGCAUAGUGAAACUUCUCUAAAUUUUUAGUUAUUAAAAACUGUAAAUCAAACAUUAUUUUUUAAUUAUUAAAUUGAGCAAAACCAAUCACUGUUGUUAUCGAUUGACAAUGAUUUUAAAAAAAAUGAAUUUUUCAUUAGAAAAUCUGUGGCGAAUAUCAACUUCUUGAAAUUGUCUUAAAUGAAAAUUCAGACAAAUUUAUUUUUUUUUUUUCAUUUUUGAGGAUAAUAACAUAUUUUGUGGAAAUUUAAGUGCUUCGUCAAAAAAUCAAGCAUUAAAAUAUUAUAUCAAAACAUGGGCAGAAUUUGCCUUCGUUUGACAAACACAUAACAUAUUCAGAAAAUUUGAUAAUGUCCCUAAAAUUACCGUAUUUUGCGAGAAUUUCGAUACUGCACAUACAUUUUUCAUUCAAUGCAAAUAUAUAAGAAUUUCUCUUCGUUUGGUACUUCUAUUGCUAAUUUUGAAAACUCAAAUAUUUUUUAAUACGAUUGUAAAUUGCUAUAAUUUGAACAAAAAUAUCAAUGUUGUGAAAAUUGUCAACCAUUCCAUUGCAAACUUUAAAAAAUUGAAUAUUUAAAAAAAAUCUUCUUUUUAGACAAUUUAAUAUUUUGUACGAAACCAAUCAAUUUUGUAAUUUAAAAAAUAUUGAUAUUUUGCAAAAAUAACGCAGAUUUUGCCUCCGUUUUUAAAACAUCAGCGCUUUGUGCAAACUCUACGCAAAAUAUGCUUUUAUUUGACACUCACAUCAAAAUCUUCAAAUAGCGGUUAUGUUAUCGUUAACAACCUUGGUUUGUAGCAGAUUUUUCCCCAAUUUGACCUGCAUACUACCUACAAACAGAAAAUAAAACAUACACACACACAUGAAUAAGAGAGAGUAAGUGAACGCAAGCAAGCAAAACAAAGUUAAGGAUACUUCAAUUCUACCGAUAGUAAAUAAUUUAACACAAGAAACAAACAAAACUAUUGUGUAUACCAUUAGGUGAUAGGAAAAACAACAAAAACAAAACGAUAACUACAGUAGUAGGCCAUGAUUGAAAACGCAUAAAACGCUCACAGCGGAGAAGACCCUAUUCUGAGCUAACUAAACCCUAGUUGGCCAUGAGAAACAAUUGAAAAUGAAAAAGAGAGCGCGAGCAAGCCACACUCAAAUAAUAUACGUAAAUUGUAUUAAACACAGUUUCCUUUUUUCUAACAAAGUAAAAAGGGAAAGUAAAAAAACAAACAAGCAAAAGCUAUUUUUAGAGUAGACGCGUUUGGAGCAUUUUCAUUUCUUCCAUCUAAUGACGACAAAACCAGUCUUAAAGAAAAGCAAAAAAAACUGUAGGCAAAUAGAAAGCAUACUCUUCAACUCACAUUAAAGAAAAAGAAAACACGAACACACACACAAGUAUACAAUUUUCAUAGUUUUUAAACUUUUAAAAACGAUCAAAAGAGAAGAAAAUUCGAAACCCAGUUAUACGAUUCGCUAUACCAAAAUUUAGCCCUGCCCCCGCCAGGAAGGAUUUGUACUUAAUGUUAAAGAAAAGAAGAAAAAAAAAACAAUUGAAACAACAACAAAUAAAACCUAGCAACCCUGUCAAACUAAACAAACACAACCUUGCAAGCAGUUUGCGUGACUGUGUGCGUGGCAGCACGCCAUGAAACGCACACCGAAACGCAGCAAAGCCCAAGCAAACAAAAGAAGGAAAACAAUAUUGACAAUAUGUGCAAGCAGAACGAAGGCCGCCUGGCAACACUGGAAGACGCAAAAAAACAACGCAAACGUCACGGCCACACCCCCAACAACCCAAAAUUGUGUGACAUUUUAAGAGAAUGCGAGUUGAUGAAACAAAAAAUUAAGCGAACAAAUCAUUUGUAUACGAUAUAAUAAUAAAAAAAACCUAUUAAUUAAUGAAAAAGUUUGAAAAUAUACUAUUUAAAAAAUAUGAAUUAUGGACAAACAAAAACUAUUUUCCAAUCAUUUUACUAGAAAAUUUCAGUUUGGAACAGAAAAAAAAUCAAGAGCGAAAAAUAAAAAGUAAUAUCUAGUGGCUUUUACCCGUUAAGAUAAUACUUAAACAAAAAAAAAACCAACAACCAGAGUGAAGCGCGUUUCCUUCAAGUGUUUGGUAUUCUGUUUCAACCUUGACCGGUUGCCCCGAAAUUCUGGCAGCACUGCAAACUACGGCAGCGGAAAACAUCGGCGAAAUGAAGCGAAACUCAGGAAGACCAACGAAUUUCGGGUUCCCGGCAAGCUCACACAACCACAGUCGGUCACACGUAUUGUCGUAUUAUGAUUUUCGAUUACUUAUUGGUUCGUGUUUUGUUCGUUCAUUAAUCUUUUCUGAGUUGGUGGGAUUGUUGUGCUUUUGUUUGUUUCAAUUGUUAUCGUUUUGAAUACUUUGCUUACUUUUGGUAUCAUUUUCAUUCACUUUAAAUCUCCCUAAAACUAUUACAAACUUCCACUCUUGACCGCAAUGAGAGCAUUUAAGUUUGGGGUACAGUUUUGUGUUUUGUUCAACAACACUCGCAACCACACACACUCACAAGCAGUACAGCGAAACAAAUCCGUAUUGAAGGAAAUAAUUAUGAAGAAGAAAACUAUGAAAAGUAAAAAAACAAAAACUCUUGAGAAGAAUUGAGGAAAUGAAAAAACGAAAGUAUGUAUACGAAAACGAUUUAAAAAUCUAUUAAAUCUAUUAAAUUUAAAUUUUAUGUGUACUUAAUUAUAAUAACUGAGAAGAAGAAGAAAAAAACA